CCACCAAAGGAUUGAUUGAGAGAGAGAGAGAAAUGAACAUAUUGAUCACUCAGAUCAGAGAGCUCUUUGUGCUUUAGGUUUUGCAGAAGCUAGAGAGAGAGAGAGAGAGAGAGAGAGAGAGAGAGAGCAUGGGGAGGGGAAGAGUUGUGUUGGAGAGGAUAGAGAACAAGAUCAACCGCCAAGUUACCUUCUCAAAGCGCAGGAAUGGUUUGCUCAAGAAAGCCUUCGAGCUUUCUGUGCUGUGUGAAGCUGAAGUUGCCCUUAUCAUCUUCUCCAAUCGUGGCAAGCUCUCCGAGUUCGGCAGCACCGAUGUGAGCAAAAUCCUUGAGAGGUAUCGCCAAUGUUGUUACUCACUAGAUCGAGACAACAACGUUGCUGAUGAUCAGGGAUCAGCACAGGUCUCAUAUGGGGAGGUCUCAAGGGUACGGGCCAAGUAUGAAUCUCUUCAGCGUUUAGAAAGGAAUCUGCAUGGAGAAGAUCUUGAACAACUUAGUCUGAAAGAAUUGCAACAUCUUGAGAAAAAGCUGGACAAAGCUCUCUUACAAGCUAGAAAUCGGAAGACACGGGUGAUGUUAGAACGAUUAGAAGAACUCCGCAAAGAGGAGCACCAACUAGGAGAAAUAAACGUACAGCUCAAGUCUAAGCUUGAGGAAAAACGUCAACUUGUUGAAGAUAUUGAAGGUCCAGCAAACCCUACCACAGUAGCGCGAGGCAAACGUCUUAAUGUGCGCACUUCACCCCCCAAUCACGCAGAGGUACCGGAACCCAACUUACAGAUGGGGUACCAUCAAUUAUCUGUUCCCCAAGAAGCAGCAAUGGAAGCAAUGCCAUUAGCAGGUGGGAGUGGGCGCAACGAGGCAUGGCUUCUUUGAAGUUCCCACAAGCUUUCAGACGUGUGCAUGCAUGUGUGUCAUAAUGUGAGCAGAUCGAACCUGCCUAGUUCUCUAAUUGAUGGCCCUUAUUGUGUGAUUAUAAUUACAAUUAGUGAAGUAUUUGAACCAACAAAUCACAAAUAAACUUAUUAUAUAUAUAUAUCUAUGAAUGUUUGUGA